UUUGAUUCCGAGCGUGGAGAUUAUUUCAUUUUCUGUCAUAUAUCUUCAUUGAACAGCUAUUGUUUAAUUCCUAUUUGUUGAGUUUGUUAACCACUGGUUGUGCAUUUUUUGAAUGGGAAGAGUUGCUUGAAGCGACAACUGUCUAUGCUCGAAUUCGAUAAGCAGCAAACGAAAUAAUUUCUUCGGCCCGAUUAGGUUGACAUUAAACAGAAGUGAAAACAACAGAUACAUUCUAAUAGUGAAGCAAUGAGUUUUCUAUUUCGCUCCAGCAAAACCUUCAAGCCUAAGAAAAACAUACCUGAAGGCACACAUCAAUAUGACCUAAUGCAACAUGCUGCCGCCACUCUCGGAUCAGGCAAUCUUCGUAAUGCUGUACAACUGCCAGAUGGUGAAGACCUGAAUGAAUGGGUCGCCGUAAACACCGUUGACUUUUUCAAUCAAAUUAACAUGCUGUACGGAACUAUCACCGAAUUUUGUACCGAGGAUUCGUGUAGUAUCAUGUCCGCCGGUCCGAAAUACGAGUAUCAUUGGGCGGAUGGCCAAACCGUGAAAAAACCAAUCAAAUGCAGCGCUCCCAAAUACAUAGACUAUUUGAUGACAUGGGUUCAGGACCAGCUGGACGAUGAAACUUUAUUUCCGUCGAAAAUUGGAGUUCCUUUUCCGAAAAAUUUUAUUCAGAUAGCCAAAACCAUUCUGAAGCGUUUGUUUCGAGUCUAUGCACACAUUUACCACCAACACUUUUCUGAAGUAGUCCGGCUGAGUGAAGAAGCACAUUUAAACACGUCGUUUAAGCAUUUUAUUUAUUUUGUUCAAGAAUUUAACUUAAUUGAUCGACGUGAACUAGCCCCUUUACAAGAUCUAAUUGAUAAACUUAUUACUAAGGAUGGUCGAUAAACGCAAAGCGCAAAGGCUGGAAACGAGCAAACGUCAUGAACAUUAGUAAACCGUGUUUUUAAAAUAGCGAUAGCAAGCCAAUAAUACAGUAAAGUGAACGAUUUUUACAAUCAUCUACUCAUUUCUUCCUGAUAGAUAUAUUCUGCUAUGUUUUAAGCGUUUGUUCGUAUCCAUAUAUAUAAACAAAACGUCCUUAAUCUCACCUUAUUUUAAUUAUUUAAAGUGUUAUUUUUAAAUAUCAAUUUAUGUUAGGAAUCUAUGUUAUUUUUGUCGACCAAGCAAGCUAAAAGGUAAACAAUUUUACUGAUGCUUAUGUAAAUAUUUGUGUUAUACAGGCGUGAGGAAUGAAUUAUCUUUACUUCAAAAGUAAAACGCUAGCAAUUACACCGAACAGUGAAUUGUCUUACUUAUUUGUCAAUUAAGCCAUCACGAUCAUCCGUCAUCAACUACGCCAUCACUUUGGUAAUAUUCCUGCCUCCAGUAAGCGGCGUUUAAUUAUAUCUGAUAGCUCUGCUUUUUGAAGCAUGUUGAUUUGCUGCAAUGACAAACUUAUCAAUUUCGGUUGUCCUCAAUAAAAAUGUACAAUAAAUAUAACCAAUUCUAAGCGCUCUACACGCAGUGGUGAUUGCCACGACCGAGACAUUAAUAUUAACGACAUCUUAUACAACCUAAACAUGUAAUGAUCAAAUUACAUGAUUUUGAUAUACGACGACUGAACAUUGAAAUGUGAGACAGAAAUAUAAAUUUGUAUAA